UUUUUUUGAAACGUUAUGAAAAUUAUGCGGAUGCAAAUUAAACGAAACCACUCACACUGGAAACAAUUAUGUCCAUAAUAAAGCGUUUUUUAAGGUGGAUUAAAAAAGUGGAUAGUUUUGUCGGGCGACUAUGACGUGCGCGCGUCCGCUCAUUACCCCCCAAUUUGGGUUAGAAAGGGAAAGUUUUUAAAUCCUUUUAAAAACAAUAAAAGGAUUUAAAAACAUGGUCAGGUAUUAUGUAAGUUUUGUGGUACUUGAAGCAUUGUGAUAUCCAUCAUGUUCGCUUCGAACGAGUUCAAGAUUCCGUCGAAUUGGGUGUACCGGGGUGAAGGCAACUGCAACGUCGUGAUUUCGUUGCCAUCUGAAAGGAAGAUACUACGGAUUAGGAAAAUUAAGAAGACGACGUCGCUUUUCGGGUGGAUACUUAACUGGAUUACGGACAUCCUGUACUGGUAUUGCGGGAGUGGACUGGAUGAUGAAUUAAGAGAUCUCACUUUUUAUAAAAAAAUUAUUAGAGCGCUGAUUGGAAGCAACUUUGUGUGUGACGCUGAGCAGGUGUUUUUGUCAAGGAAGCAGGUGAAGAUUUUAGAGGAGGAACUGGCACAUCAGAGACCUAAUUAUCGAAAGACUAAAAGUCUGCAGUACGGACGGGCCGCUUUAUUUGAUGACUACGCCUUCUUACCUGACGAGUUUUAUCCUUUUUUAUUGUCAAACAAUACAUAUUCUGUGGAAAUUAAACCAAAGCAAGGUUGGGUACCUUUUAGUGAAAGACACUUCCCUAAGUGCGCUUUUUGUAUGAACCAGUAUGUAAAGCACAACAAGGGACAAAUACAGUCGUUGUCUUCGUACUGCCCCAGUGAUCUUUUCUCAGGAGAGCCGACUAAAAUGAUCCGCGCUGUUCAAGCUCUCGUGACCAACCCACAAAACAACUUAAAAAUAUUUAAAAAUGGCCAACUUCAGUACUCUGAGGACUGUGAAGUUGGUUUAUUUGCGAGUUUUUUGACUGAUAUUUUUCGAAAUAACGUUGAAACGUUUGAAAAUUUGUUGCUAGAAUUUUGCCAUUUCGUCAGAACUUGUCUCCUGACAAAUUUUGAAAGCAUUGAGAGAACGAAUAGGUGCAACAUGAAGUUGUUUUGUGAGUGGAACAACAUAAUCCAAGAGAGUUCAGCUCAAACUAAGCUUCCAAAGGGUUGCGUCUUGGAACGAAUUUUGUCUGUACAAAUGUUAGAUGUUGAAGGUAAUCAGUAUUAUUAUAAACUACUAGGAAAUAAAAAACUAGGAGAGUAUGACUAUGUGAGAGAACUGUUAAAGGAAGUAUCCAAAAGGCCAGGGACUUGUUUAAAGUGUAUUAUAAUGAUGUUGGGGAAUGUGGAUGAAAGACAAAUGAAAGAAAAUAACUUGGUACUUGUUCCUUAUUUAAUGUCUGCUAUUGCAAAAGAUUGCUCUCUCAUGAUAACUUUUAAAAGAAUUAUGGAAACCACAAGUGACAACUUUGGUAUGAAAAAUAUUGUUAGCACGAAAUAUGGAGAUUUUAUUGUUAAUGUUGGGGUUUUUGAUUUAUACCCGAAACCGGUGUCUACCAUUUUGAAGCAUAAAAAGAAGAUUAAGAGAAUGCUGGACGCAACAGCCAAAUGUGAACAGAAAACCGUUGUUACUUAAAUUUUACAGUUGAUCUAUGUCGGUUUUACUCAUUUUAACUGUUUUGUGUAACAGAGUAAUAUAUUUUUGAUACCGA